AUGAAGUCCUCUCUCACCCUCCUGACAGCUUCGCUGUUGGGCAGCGCUGCUGCUGAGGUUCACAAGCUCAAGCUCGGCAAAGUCCCUCUGGAAGAGACCCUGAACCCUCAGAACUUCGGUGCCCAUAUGGCCAGCCUGGGCCAGAAGUAUAUGGGUAAAGAACAAUACAGCGAGACAUCGAUGAAGCCUACCGCCGGCCACGAUGUGCUGGUUGAUAACUUCCUGAACGCUCAGUACUUCUCCGAGAUCCAGAUCGGCACCCCUCCCCAGACUUUCAAGGUUGUCCUGGACACUGGUAGCUCCAACCUCUGGGUCCCCUCGUCGUCGUGCAACUCCAUCGCUUGCUACCUGCACACUAAGUACGACUCGUCUUCUUCGAGCACUUACGAGAAGAACGGUACCGAGUUCGAGAUCCGCUACGGAUCUGGUAGCCUGAGCGGCUUUGUGUCUCGGGACACCCUCCAGAUUGGUGACCUCAAGGUCAAGGGUCAGGACUUUGCUGAGGCCACCAGCGAGCCUGGUCUGGCCUUUGCCUUCGGUCGCUUCGAUGGUAUUCUUGGCCUUGGCUAUGACACCAUCUCCGUCAACAAGAUGGUUCCUCCCUUCUACAACAUGCUGAACCAGAAGCUUCUGGAUGAGCCUGUGUUCGCCUUCUACCUAGGCGAUGCUAACAAGGAGGGUGACAACUCCGAGGCCACCUUCGGUGGUGUUGACGAGAGCCACUACACCGGCGAGAUGACCAAGAUUCCUCUCCGCCGCAAGGCCUACUGGGAAGUCGAGCUCAACGCCAUUGCUCUUGGCGACAACGUUGCUGAGCUUGAGGACACUGGUGUCAUUCUGGACACCGGUACCUCUCUCAUUGCCCUGCCUUCCACCAUGGCUGAGCUUCUCAACAAGGAGAUUGGUGCUACCAAGGGCUUCACUGGCCAGUACUCUGUUGAGUGCGAGAAACGUGACUCUCUUCCCGACCUCACCUUCACCCUUUCCGGCCACAACUUCACCAUUGGCCCCUACGACUACGUCCUCGAGGUCCAGGGCUCUUGCAUCAGUAGCUUCAUGGGUAUGGACUUCCCUGAGCCCGUGGGUCCCCUCGCUAUCCUGGGUGAUUCUUUCCUGCGUCGCUGGUAUAGUGUCUACGACCUCGGAAACAGCGCCGUCGGUCUGGCCAAGGCCAAAUAA